UUUUCCUUGCUCCGUAAGACACAUAUAGGAAAAGGCACGGCCUUCUCCUUCAAAUAUAAAUCAAAUUAAAAACUCUUUCUCUCCAUCAAAAGAUCGCGUUAGCGAUUCCUUUCAAUUUGGAAGCGGAUCGUCGAACUAAAUCGAAGCCAGCAUGGCUAGAUCACUUGAUAUUCCAACAAAAGGUGGAUUUAGCUUUGAUUUGUGCCGCAGAAAUGAAAUGUUACUGAAAAAAGGCAUCCAGCUCCCAUCUUUCAGAAAAACAGGAACAACUAUUGUUGGCUUAGUUUUCCAGGAUGGCGUUAUUCUUGGGGCAGAUACAAGAGCAACUGAGGGGCCUAUAGUUGCUGAUAAGAAUUGCGAGAAAAUUCAUUAUAUGGCACCAAAUAUUUAUUGCUGCGGAGCAGGAACUGCUGCUGAUACCGAGGCUGUUACUGAUAUGGUGAGUUCCCAGCUGCAGCUGCACCGUUAUGCAACAGGUCGAGAAUCAAGGGUUAUCACCGCGCUUACGCUUUUGAAAUCACACCUUUUCGGUUACCAAGGUCAUGUAAGUGCUGCAUUGGUUCUCGGUGGAGUUGAUGUUACCGGACCACAUCUGCACACAGUUUACCCCCAUGGAUCAACCGACACUCUCCCUUUCGCCACAAUGGGUUCGGGUUCUCUUGCUGCUAUGGCCGUCUUUGAAUCCAAAUACAGAGAGGGACUAACUAGAGAUGAGGGGAUACAAAUUGUGAGCGAGGCAAUUUGCUCGGGCAUUUUCAAUGAUUUGGGUAGCGGAAGCAACGUCGACGUCUGUGUAAUUACCAAAGGUAACACAGAGUACUUGAGAAACUACCAGUUGCCGAACCCUAGGACCUAUGUCAGUUCAAAGGGCUACAGCUUUGGCAAGGGGCAUACUGAGGUACUAUCUAGCAAGAUCAUUCAACUAAAGCCGAAGAUAAAAGCAAUCGAGGGUGGCGACGCCAUGGAAGAGUGAUUGCAUGUUACCUGAUUUUCUGCAUACGAAAUCGGA